AUGGACAUUCCGAGCUGCUCCCACCACUCCGACCAAGAACUGAGGCCGUUUGAGCUCGCCCAGCAUUGUUGCGAGUCCUUCGGUAAGUUAAAAAAGUUUUAUUUUACUUUUCUUACAUUGAUAGGGCAUAAGAAGAUAAUGGUAGUAUAGAGGAUAGGGUAGGGUAAGGUAGAGUAGAGUAGGUUUUUUUUGAAUUAUUACUUUGACGACGUGACCGCUUUAAACCUUAUUUUUUGCAUUUUCUAUAUACUUUUGGACCAAUUUUCAAAAAAAAACAGAUAAACAAGAUCUUAUUUUAACUAAACUUUUAAAAUUUUACAUUUUUUUUACUAAAACGUACUGUCAGUCAAUGUAUUUAUAAAUUGAAACGACGUCAAUCGGUGGACAAAGCUAAUCCCCUCUGGCCAUAUUUAAGUUCCAUAAACAAAAUGACGUUGUUUUUUGUUUGCAGACAAGGAUGGAGAACCUCAAAACGAAUUUGCAUAUUUCCUUUUUAUGGUCGGCGAAUGGCUGAUGGACAACAAAGAGCUGAUGGCUCAGUUCGUAUCACUAUAUCAGGUGGGUUGGUCAUGAAGGUUCAAAAGGGUGCUUUCUUUUUAAAAUUGGUAUGGCUUAAAUUUUAAAAUUAGGUUUUAUGGGAUUUGUGAAGCUAUUUCGAUACCUAUUAUAAUAAUAUUGGAAUUUUUUAAAAUUUUUUAAAAUUCAAAAAAUUUUGUGAACUAGUAACAUUUUUGUACUUUUUGACAUAACUUUUUUGCUGAAUUAACAAAAAAUAUGACAUAUUGCAUCUUAUAGAUCAUUUAUGUUGUCAACUGUCUAUCAGAAUAGAUUUUUUACAUUUAGAUGUUUUUGAAGUUACAGUAAUUUUACCGUGCUUUCUUCUUCCAAAAUAUAUGAAAAAAGUCAAAAAAUUGUAAAAAACCUAAAAGUACAUACAAAUUUAUGAACAAUAACAAAAAAAUUAAAUAUCAAUACCAAAAUCAUAAGACUAAAAAUAUACUUCACUUCCUUCCCCUACCACAGUUACUUGAAGAGCAUAGUAACCAAAAGCCAUUAAAGUCAUUGCCAACCCGAACUCCUUGAUCUGGUAUGAUUUCUGGCUUCACUCCAGUAUGUCUCUCAUAAGUAUUGGCAACAUAGUUGUAUCGAGGGUUUUGGUCUACCUUUGGGGUAACGAAUUGAUUGGCAUCGUAUUGAAAGUAGCGUUGAGCUGAGGUUACAGUCAUUAGGAGGGAGCAGAGCAGCAGGCGGGUGUAUAUCAUGGUAGAUUAUAGUGCUGGGGAAGCUAAAAGCUAAAUUUUAGAUUUUGAUUUGAAUUUUAACGUGAUAAGGAUUAAAAAACGAAAUUCUCGCCCCGUGCCGCUUUUUACCCUUUAACAUGUGCCCUUAGUACCUAACCUUUAGUUUGCAAGCCCAACAAUCUUAGCCUUAUAUACAAAAGUAGGUAGCUCUUAAAACCCAAGAGCUCAACUAAUCGGACGGUUAACUUGACUAACUUUUGAAUGAACGUCGAAACUGGAAGUUUAUGACUUUUAUCGCUCCUUCAAAACUGGAUAUCCUGCUCUUUGAAGGAGCGAACGAUAACAUUAUAUUAUCAGUAGCAUGUUGAGAGAUCAACACGGCAAUAAAAGCUAUUUUGAGUGUUGUUGUUGGGUGGGAUGGGUAAAAUACGUUGUGUAAUUUUCUUUUCAAAAAAAUGUGGGUACGUUAUGAGUAAGGGUAGGCUAAGGUCAGGCAGAGCAGUAAGGUAGGGUAGGGUAGGAAAUGUAUAUCUAUGACAAUAAAAAUGACAUUUUUCAGGAAAAUUUUGACAGUUUUGGAGAACGGGUAUGUUUCGCGAUUGGAUUCUGGAUUCGAUCGUUUCCAAUGCAUUUCGAUGCCGAUCCUCAGCUCUGCCGUUUCGUGGAGCGCCUCAAACAAAUGGCCAUAUCCGACAAGCUACCAGAUAACAUUACCUCAGAACUCGACGUUUCUUCCGUGUAGGUUUUGACAUUAGAUUAGUACUACCAGAAUAUUAAUUUUAGUCUUACUUACAAAGUUAUGACAUCUUUUUCAUGAUGUACUUCUAUAUAAAAAUGUGAAAAAUUGUACGUUUUUUUAAAUAUUAUAGUAUAUAGAUUAAAAGUGCUUUGUUCACGUUUUUAGUUUCCACACACGUAGUUUAAGCUCUAGAACUUUGAAAUUUUAGCAUUUUAUACCUAAUUCUAUGUACAAUAUGAUGACUUAACAAAAUUUUAUUAUCUCAAACUAAAAACCACAAAUCGACCAACCAAACUCAUGUUAACUUCAAAUUGACUCAAGUGUAAUAUAAAUUCAUUCCAGCCCAUCCUACGAAUGGCUACGCAACGUAUCCGUCCGGAAUCCAGUCUCACGUCAUGUUAGUCUUUCAUUCGAACAAUGGAGCCCAGAAGAUAUCUCCACUUCACUUAGCUACAUCGACUACAAGGUGUUGAGUCGGGUCAACAUAACCGAGAUCAAGAAGUAUGUGAAAAGCUGCAAAAUCUCAUCGAGUCUGCUGUUGGAGAGGUCGAUUGCCAUCUUUAAUGUAAGGUUAUAAUCUGGUACAAUAUAUUUUUUAAAUUUUGUUGAUUUAAUUGUUAUAGAUGGCAUUACUUACUGUAGUAAUGACAUAUUACAGAGCAUCUCCGGCUGGGUGCAAUGCAUGAUUCUAAGCAAAAACACCCCCAAAGAACGGGCCGAAGUGAUGACAAAGUUUCUAAAUGUAGGCAAGCACCUUCGCAAACUGAACAACUUCAACACUAUGAUGGCUGUGAUUGGCGGUGUAACCCACAGUAACAUUGCCAGAUUGUCCAAGACCCACAAUUGUUUGUCAAAUGAAGCCAAACGAGAGCUGACUACCUUCACGCAUCUGAUGUCCAAUACCCACAACUUUGAGAAUUACAGGAAACUACUUCAAGAUACUCAUUCCAAGUUCAGGAUUCCUAUUAUGUAAGGUUUUAAUCUAUUUUGGUCCAAAGUUUUGAAAAAUAUUUUGCACCGUGCAUAAUUUUAGAAUCUGCACGGUGCAAGCAGAUUACCUAGGAUAAUAUUGCUUUUUAGGUAAUACUAUGAGCUUGAACAUUGCCAAAAUUUUUUCAUAACCGUAUUUUACUGUGGGGAACAUUUUUGUAAAUGUAAACUUUUUGCUUAAAUUACUGUAGCAUGUAGUACAGGGUGUUCCAAGAAAAAAUGUUAAAAACUAACGACGUAUAUUUUUUCUCCCAACAAAGCUACACAUGCCAAACUUGGCAUGAUGAAAGUUUAGAACCACAAGUUUUUUGUCACAAAAUUUUGGAUUUUUUAAGUACAUACUAAGGUCGUUAUGAUUUUUUAAAAAAUGUCCAUUUUCCCCGGAAUUACACAUAUUUUCCGUUGGAAAUGCUUUUUUUGGUAAAAUUUUCUAAGUUUUUGACAAAUCUUUGGUUGAAAAUGACAUUUUUAGCCAAAGUUUGUGAUUUUCAAAUGUCGGCGGAGACUCGGCGGACGCCUAAAUUUGCCGGCGGAGGCUGUAACUCGCUUCAAACAUAACGGAGAGACGUGAAAUAAAAAGAAAUAGUUUUAAAACUCACAGAUGCUAAGCUUGGCUUCAAAGGUUUUAAAACACAAAAAAAUAUAAAAACCUAAGAAAAUGAAUAAAGAAAACAUUUUUUUAUAUUUAUUUUGUAAAUUGCACAAGUAACUUUUAAAAUUUUAACGUUUUCAUCUUUUUCUUUACUUAGAAACUAAAAACAUACAACAUACGAGAUUUUUGCUGUUUAAGCUUUGAAGGAAAUGAGUUUAUCAUAACUUUUGAACAUAAAUAAAAGUUUUUGAAACAUUGCGUCUAUUCCUGAACAUUAAUAUCUUUUGAUUUAGCUUUUUUUGCAAAUUUUUUAGUUAGAGUUAUUUUUAGACAAGCUUAGAAUCAGUGAAGAUUGCCUUGAUAGUUAUAAAACUAAUGCUUUUUGUUUCAUGUUUCUCCGUUAUGUUUGAAGCGAGUUACAGCCUCCGCCGGCAAAUUUAGGCGUCCGCCGAGUCUCCGCCGACGUUUGAAAAUCACAAACUUUGGCUAAAAAUGUCAUUUUCAACCAAAGAUUUGUCAAAAACUUAGAAAAUUUUACCAAAAAAAGCAUUUCCAACGGAAAAUAUGUGUAAUUCCGGGGAAAAUGGACAUUUUUUAAAAAAUCAUAACGACCUUAGUAUGUACUUAAAAAAAUCCAAAAUUUUGUGACAAAAAACUUGUGGUUCUAAACUUUCAUCAUGCCAAGUUUGGCAUGUGUAGCUUUGUUGGGAGAAAAAAUAUACGUCGUUAGUUUUUAACAUUUUUCUUGGAACACCCUGUAUUAGAACUUUUUUUUCCAAACAUUAGGUUUUUAGGGCCCUAUGUGCCAUUAUUUAUCUAAAAAAACAAUAUCAAACAGUCAAGUAUCAUACAGCUAGUACUCAGCCCAUCAUACCACGACUAUUUAUGACCUUUUGCUUCAAUUUUCAGGGGAGUACAUUUGAAAGACCUCAUCAUAUGGUACAAUACUCAGCCUCGCUUUGACAGUACCGGAACGAUCACGGAACGACGGUUAAUUCAGCUUCGAAACUUGUUGAACAACUUUCUGGGAGCUAACCGGAUGGCUCACAACUUUCCCGAGCCUAAUCUGGACCUUAUCAAUACAUUGAAAGUGUCAUUUGACAUACGAUACAACGAUGGUGACAUCUAUGACUUGUCAUUGCUGAAGGAGCCGAGGACAUUACUUAAUGUAAGUUUUUAACUGAAUUUUUUAAACUUAAAAAAUUUUUGUUUUGGAUUCUUGUUGCAAAAAGAAUGGCGUACCUUAUUGUAAUAGGUAAUGGUCUGAGACGACAUUCUUUUUGCAUCAAGAUUUAAAAAAGGAAGAAUACAACCAUGGAUAAGAUGAAUAACAUCCUUUUCAGUUCCAAAGUGCCAGGUCAGUAGUGUUUGCGGACUGGGCCAGUGGAGUAUGUCCAGCACCAGAUCCAGAGACAGUAAAUAAACACAUAAGUGCCAUGGUAGAAGCCGUAUUCAAACACUACGACAACGAUAAAGAUGCCUAUAUAUCCGAAGACGAGUUUGCUCAAAUUGCUGGCAACUUUCCAUUUAUCGACUCAUUUGCGAAGAUUGAUGAGGACAAGUGAGUUAGAUUACCAUACCCUACUUUUCUUCGCCUUGCCCUGCUCUGGUUUGUCCUGCCUUGGCAUUCUCUGCCAUGCCCUUCCCUGCUAUCAAGCCCUGCUCAGCCUAUUACCCCUAUUUCAAGCUAUUAUUAAGCCGUUCGAUUAAUUCUGUGCCCUUCUGACACAAUAUUGUAACCUCAAAAACGUUUCCAGGGACGGCCGAAUCAGCAAGUCCGAGUUGAAGACUUACUUUCUAUACCUAAACAAGCAGUCGUUGAACAAGCAGAGCCUCGAGUUUCGUCGCGGAUUCCAACACAACUUCCACGAAACCACCUUCCUCACCCCCACCUUCUGUAUCCAUUGUAACAAAGUUUUGUGGGGUCUGAUACGACAAGGCUAUAAAUGCAAAGAUUGUGGUAUUACCGCCCAUCAUGCUUGUAAAGAUGUGUUGGUAUCUGAAUGUAGACGUCGAAGGCAUACAUCAUGGUUAACACCGAGGAACAGUCAAAGUAAUGGAGUUCAGGGGAGUCCUAACAAUCAUGGACAAGAUCGGCAUUUUAGGUGGGUUUAUAUUGUAGUUUAGAUAACAUAGUGGAAUUGCUGUAUAAAGAACUCCUAUAUAACGAAGAGUCCGUAUAACGAUCUACUUCAACAUCUUUGAGUCAUUCGUUACACAGGAGUUCCACUGUAUCUAUAUUUUUGUUGUAGUACAUUAUUAGGUCGUUCAAAUAAUUUUGUGCCUCCUAACCCCAAAUUUUUUCUUUGAGACGACGCACAGAAUGAUUUGCAUAACCUAAUAUGAGUAUAUUGUUAUAGGUAUUGUGUUUGAUUGGUUAUUUUAUGUUAUUUUGAAAAUACUAGAUGUUUAAUGAUAUCUUCUAUCGAUAUUUUUAAAUAAAAAGUACUAUAAAUCGUAUUUCCGAUUAAUUUUCAGACUAAAAACCUACUUUAAAUGUUAUUUUAGACCAAAUUUUGAUCAAAACAUACCUAAAAUGAACUAUAUUUUAGUUGUAGUGUAACUUGUGUUUUUUUUUAGUUAAAAUAUUUUAAAAAAAUAGUAAAAUUAGUAUAAAAAGCAGUAUUGUAGCAUAUUUUAACCAUGCUAUAGCUUAUUGGCAUUAUGUUGUUGUACUGGAAGUCUCUAUCAUUCAGUUAUCGGGUGGCUUGGCUCUCUCUUCCUUCUCUUCUUUUAACACGCUCUUUUCCUUUUAAUUGCACUUUAUAUUAACUUGCUAUAGUACUAUUGGAAUACUAAUAUCAUAGUACUAUCAUAGUACUAUUGGCAUACUACUAUUAUAGUACUAUUGAGAUAGUACUAGGACAUACUUAUUUGUACUUUAAUAUUAGGGCUUCAGAAAAGUUUUUUCGUUUUUUAUCAGGAAAGACAGUGUAAUUUGACGACAAAACUUUUUUUUGUGGGGGGGGGGUUUAUACUAUUAGGCUGUUUAAAAAAUUCUUUAUUCAUUACUAUCAGGUCACGUUACAGAUCAAUACGAACGGUCAGUACGGUGUCUGAAGAGCACUCAAACGCCGUGCCAACUAAACCGUUCGUGGCCACCGGCCUAAGGGCUUCGUUUCAUCGACUGAUUCGACUUCAAAGAAAACCACGAGCCGCUUCUGAGACUACUGAUUGCUACAGGUAUAUGCUUAUACAACUUGGAGUUAUAGUACUAGGGCACACAAUCAAGUGAACGGUCUAAUAUAUAUAUUGAAAAGGAUCGGGUCUUAUAAAGCAAUUGUGAAGGUAGUCGUAUUUUAACAGGAAGUUACUAAUGUAGAAAAGCAGUCUAUUAUGUCUCUCCAGUCAACAACAAUGUCAAUUUUUAAUGGUUAUCAAAAAAAUGCCAUUUUACAGCACAAGUACCGAAGAAAAUGCUAUUUUUUAUUAAAACUAUCAAAUAAAAUGCCAUUUUCUAAUGAAUAUUAUCAAAGAAGAUGCCAUUUCUCAUCAAAAUUGUCACUAAAAGCGUCAAUGUUUUUUGAAAGUUUUUAAAAAUUAAAAUUUAGACUGAAAAAUGAAAUUUUAGAAGGAACGGUUCAGCAAGCAAUCCCAGUGACACUGAUCUCACGUUGGCCACAUUGGCUAGCGAAGAAGUUUUCGAUGACGACCCAGAUAACGAGCCCAAGGCUCCAGCUACAGUACGGUAA